AUGGGACCAGUCGUUUUGGAGUCCAUAUGCUCUAUGCAAUGGACGCGCGGGGAGGACGUGGAAUGCAGUUCUACUGGCUUCAGACUAGACGCGCACACGACCACGCGGCUGCGUCUGGACAGCGGCGACGUGGUGGACACCAGGAAAUCAGUGGCACAAGUGCGGCGAGCACGUAGUGUGGUUGCUAGUUUUCUUAUUAAUCGAGUUGCAGCCCGCGACAUUCCGAUAAAGUUGGCCAAAAGCGAGACGGGG